AUGCGGCAUAUUCACCGUGUGCAGGCACUGUGUAGGGGUCGCAUGUGGAGUACCGACUCGAAUGAGCUGGCAUACAAUCUUGUUCAGGCCAUGCAAGCGCUGGGUCUGAUCAUCGAAUCUUUACCACGCAAAGUCCAUGUGGCAGAUACGGCCAGCAAGUCCGUCAUCGCCGUGGCCAGAAGUUGUAUAAGUGUUUUCAAUGGGCUCAAACGCAUGGAUUUUCUUGACAGCAAGGACAACUUUGCCAGUCAUGUUGUACACGCCUGCGUCUGCUUCUUUGAUGUACUCUUCACCAGUCUCGAGGAGGGCGCCGCUAUACAAGUCAGGUCCCGGCACUCUAACCAAGAGACAUCAGCUCUGCAAGCUCUAUCACAACUCGCAAAGGGUCUGAUUGAAAAUCUGCGGGAGUCGGCUCAUACUUGCCGUUCACACUCUUACAUACUCGAAGGUGCCGUCUACCAGCUGCUUCAUAGACUGGGAGAAGCGACGCAUGAGCUUUUGCUCGACGGGCCUCGGAAUGAUAGCAUCGAAUAUGAGAUGCAAAAUCUACCGGUUUCGGACGACAAACUGCUCGAAGCUGUUAUGCAAACAGAAAUGAGGAUUGUACUCACAUCAGCGCCUCUAUUGCUUGACAGCUUGCGAAAGGCUGUGACCGACCUACGCAACAUGCCAUUUGCGGGUGCGGCACGGAUACGACUUCAGCGUACACUAGUCGAUCGUAUAUUCGGUCCAGGAACGAGAGGACCGGACGCAAGUCAAGAUGUGCUCAGCUUGCCGAAGGCGUUAGGAGAAGCACCAAAAGCUGUCGAGGCUGUCCGAACAGAUGAUAUACAAGGGAAGACGGAUUCUUUCGAAGCUGAAUUGUGGACCUUGAUCGGGUGGGAUAUCUUGGGGAGUGAAGAGGAUUUGUGA